CGAUGUUAUGUUUUUCAGUGUGCGCCGACAUUGUCUUUUCAUUUGAUAUAUCGUGUUCGAUUGACGCGACAAAUAUCACGGCGGCGUUGAACAUUGCCAAGGAUAUUAGUUUGAAUUUGACACUCGACUCACUUAAAGGCUCAAGAAUUAGUGGGUUCAGCUAUAACGCCGAUGUCGUAGAUUCAUUCUCAACUGGCGAACCGGACGAUAACCCAUCAAAUGUUGUGAAGCUGUUAUCUGAUCUAAAAGUCACUCCUGAUACCACUGACGAAUGCAGAACAAGGACCGAUGUUGCAUUUAAUAAAGUAAUUGCUACCUUGGCAACACCGAACGACAGGGAUGACGAAGCCUAUCGCGAUGUUGUAAUUUUCUUCGGAGAUGGCAGAACUUCUCCUUUGAGGCACCGCCCAGCUGCAAUUAAAGCUGCCGAAUCAAUACGUGACAACGGUGGUGUUGUUAUAUGGAUAGUACUGACCAGUAACCGAGGGUUGAUUAAGGUUACUGAUGGUAUUGAAAAUGAAAUUAAGAACGUUACCUCGGAGGAUCCAUGUACAGGGGAAAAGUUGAUAUUCUAUCAUGACGAUCCAUUUGUAACUCGAAGAAUUCUCGGCUUUCUCGACCAAGCCGCUGGUUGUGUUUAACCUUACAUCAAGUAUUUGGCUUUCCCCUUUGUACCCGAGUUAAGAAGGGAUGUGGUGGGG